GAUUACACAGUGCAGUCCAUUCCAUUCCUAUCAAUCACAUUGCUAUUACAUUAGUAUUUUUGUUAAUUAUAAAAACCCCAACACGUAACAGCGAUCACUUUGCGUAGUGACACUGCACCGGCAAGUUUAUUGACUCAAAAAAUCGCGCUGAAUAUUUGAGUCGCAACAUGUCACUAUCCCCCGAAAACAACUUCGCCGAAAUCGAAAAGUACUUAAGCCAGUUUGCCAGCGGCGACGUUAUUCUCUCAAACAAGUACUUCGACAAAGGCCUCGCCGUGAUCUACUUCAAUAACCCGGGGAAAAAGAACGCAAUCAGCGGGAAAAUGAUGGUCCAGCUGCGCCAAUGCGUCCAGAAGCUGGAGGAAUGGCGCGAGGGCAAGGCCGUGCUGCUCUGCGGCCUCGGGGGCAAUUUCUGCUCCGGGGGCGAUCUCGAAUUCGCCAGAGCUUCCGGCACGCAAAAGGAAGCGCUUUACAUGAGCAAUUGGAUGCAGGAUACGCUGACGCGUCUCCAGAAGCUUCCGAUGUUCAGCGUGUGCCUCAUCCAGGGCCCCACGCUGGGGGGCGGCACCGAGGUGUCGCUCUUUUGCGACUUCAUUAUCGCAACGGAGGAUGUCAAAUACAGCUUCAUCCACGGGAAAAUGGGGAUCAUAACGGCGUGGGGCGGAACGACGCGGCUUGUUGAGAAAAUUGGGGCCAAGAAAGCGCUUAAUUUGUUCCUCACGUCGCAGAUUUUAAACGCCCAGGGGUGUGUCGAGAACGGCAUCGCCGAUCAUGUCGUUCCCGUUGAAGACUGCUUAGCUAAGGCCAUCGAAUGGAUCGACUUAAGGCUACAGCACCACCACCAGAUUAUCCGCUCCUUCAAAAAUUGCGUCAAUAAGGCCGCCAGGGACACGUACCAGAAUUCGCUAACGUACGAGAAAAGCCUCUUCUCGCUCACGUGGGGCAGCGAAAUGAAUAAAGAAGCCUUGGCGAAGAACAUCAAGCAUAUUAAAAUGAAUAACGGAGACGCCAAAAUGUAAUAACACGUGUAUAUUUUUUAUUAAUAAAACGAGAUAAGCCAGCGA